AGUUUUGUUGUCCGAAAGGUCACGAAUGUCCUUCUCUGGAACACGUGUUCCGGACACUUAAGCUCUCCGAUUCGGACGUCCUGAACGUGUACAUGGUUGGUAGCCACAUGUGGGGUACGUGUGGCAGCCACAGUGACUGGGACUUGGUCAUAGUUCUGAAGACAUUACAAACAGCAAAACCUCUAAACACGCACAAAGCCAACAUUGAGGCAUUCAUCUUAUCUCAGGAACAGUUUGUUCAGUCAAUAGCAGACCACCUCAUGCAGGUACUGAUAGUGCUAUGGUUACCGAAAGGAUGUGUGUGGGUGGAAAGAUUUGAUCCUAGAUCCAGGUUCAAGCUGGACAGGGUGGCUCUUGCAAAAGCAUUCGAACACUCGCGAGACAGAGACUUGAGAGUAGCUGAGAAGCACUUCUCGAAGGGAGACAGACAGAAAGCUAAGAAGGUUCUCCUGCACUGUCUCAGGUAUCUGGAACUGGGGGCUCAGAUACGAGAGAAUGGGAGUGUGACUGAAUAUAGGGUGGCCAGUUCUCACAUGACCCUG